AUGAAUAAAAAAGGAGAGGCAUAAAAUUCAAAAAAGUAGAAGGAAAAAUUGGAAGACUUCAUAGAAUAUGGAAAUGAUGAAGAAAAUAAAGACCAGUAAAUGGAAUAGGAAACUGUAGAGGAAGAUCCUGCUUACACUGAAGGAUAUGAAAACGAAUAUGAUUAAGUUAAUGAAGAAAUCAAAACAAAAUAGGCAGCCCCAAAAAUAUACUCUUCAACCCCAAAUCAUAAAAAGGCGAAGACUAGCAUGUCUCCAUUUAAGCAUCUCUAAAGCAUGACAAAAAGAGGCUAAAAGUUUAAGAAUAAUAAAUCUUCAGAUUCAGAAGUGAAAACAGACCAUAUAUUCUAAUCAUAUGGAACUGAAACUGGGCGAACAAUGUAAACUUAAACUAAUGAAGGAAAAGAGUACGAGCUUCAAGCUCCUAGGAUGAUUAAUAAGAUUCUGCCCAUUUUUUUCACGAUUUUAAAAUUAGUUGCGACUGCUAUCUCAAUGAGUAGUAUGAUUAUGAAUAUUGUAUACUCGAGGAAGGUGAUAUUUUUCUCCUCUAAAUCAUAUAUGAUGUACAUGUUGAUUAUACUGUUAAGACCAACAAUAAUCUUUAGAUAUGUAUGCGAUGUAUUUGUCAAUUACUGUAGUUUGUGCAAAUGCGAGGAUCUAAAGUCAGAUAAAGAUUCAGCUAACAGAAAGGAGAGACUACUUAAGAUCUUGCAUUUAUUUGGAAGCAUGUUUUUGUUCCAAAUGGGGACUUUCAGGAUAUGUCAUGAGCAGUAUUAAAGAUUUCUGAUACUUGAGGGAUUAAUUGUUGAAGCCUUUUAAGUAGCUAUCCUCCUCAUAAUUUAGCAUGUCAAUAAUGAGAGUAUGAACUUUGAAAUGUUAAAUUUAAUUCAGAAAACAUGUAUUGCCUUGGCUUUUGCUAAUCUAUUAUCAAUUAUUAUCUAACUGAGGUCAAUAAUUGCAAUCAUUAUCGACAUUGUCAAAAAAAGAAAAUAAAACAAGGAGUAUUUGAGAUUGGACACUAAAGAAAAGAUCGAUAAAUUUUUUAGAAAGGAUAUGAUCAAUGUCAUGGUUUCUCUGCUAAUAUUCAUAAUAGUAUUAACAGCAGUCAUGAAAAAACUUCCGGACAGGAAAUGCUUGCCAGGCAUGGGAUUCAAUUAAGCAGUCUGUGAAUCCUGUAUUGAUAAAAAAUGUCUUUAAUGCGAUGAAGACUUUGCCACUUGUAGUUUUUGUGAAAGAGGGUAUUUUAUUACUCCACCUUCAAGAUCCUUUUAAAAACAAGGAGGAAAGAACUAAUGCACUCAAUGCCUAGAUCCAGGUUGCUAUAGCUGUGAUAGCGAAGGGGAAUGCUAGAUCUGUUAAAAAGGUUACCGCUAUUUGAGAGGGUAAUGUAUUUCUUGUGGAAUGCAAUAAAACUGUGCAUUUUGCAAUGAUGAAAAGUGUUUGACUUGCAAAGAUGGCUUUUUCUUGGAUAGAGCAACUGGUGCUUGUUUAACAUGCAAUACAACAUUACCUUACUGUAAUAAAUGCACAGACUCAAAUACAUGUGAUGACUGUGCCCCUGUCAUUACAGCAAAGAGGAAUGGUAAAUGUACUUGUAAUUCAGUUUAUAAUUGGUAUUAAGCUGGUACUAGCGAAUGUUUAUGCCAAGGUUAUGUAAUGAGUCAAACAGAUUAUUGUUCAACAUGCGAACAGCUCAUACCAGGGUGCUAAAAGUGUAUUGAUACAAAUGUGUCUGGCACUGAUAGUAUACUAGUUGGUCAAACAAGUAUAGCUCCAUUAUAAAAAAUGUAUGUUAAAUGCGAGAAAUGUUAGAUCUCACACUAUUUCGAUACUAAUUCUAAACGGUGUGAGCAAUGUGCUCAUAUUACUGAUAAUUGUGAAAGUUGCGAUGAAAAGGGUCAAUAAUGCACUAAAUGCUUAAGUGGAUACUACAUUAAUUGGAGUGAUUAAGAUUAGGAGAACAUUUGCUACCCAUGUUCGUAUUCGAUUGAUAAUUGUGUAUAAUGUGAUGGAAAAAAUAUGUGCUCUAAAUGUAAAAGUGGAUUUGAGAUUACUAAAGAUUAUAAGUGUCAAGUAAUUGAUUAACUAUGA